GGGGAGCUGAUAGGUACUGGUUUGGUUGCAGAGCAGUCUCCUUCAGCUCGCCCUCCAGCCGGUGACGCCUGCCCUAACAGAGUGGCGUGACAUACACCUCUAAUAAAACCAUUUCAGCUUUUUAAUAACUCUUCCUCCAACUGUCGUGAUGGCCGUGCCCCCUGCAUAUGCUGAUCUGGGCAAGUCUGCCAAGGACAUCUUCGACAAAGGCUAUGGUUUUGGUGUGGUGAAGCUUGACGUGAAGACAAAGUCAGCUAGUGGCGUGGAAUUCAAAACAUCUGGCUCUUCCAACACUGACACCAGCAAGGUCUCUGGUACUCUGGAAACCAAAUACAAGAGGGCCGAGUACGGUCUGACCUUCACCGAGAAGUGGAACACUGACAACACAUUGGGAACCGAAAUCACAAUUGAAGAUCAGAUUGCAAAGGGACUGAAGUUGACUUUUGACACAACCUUCUCACCAAACACUGGCAAGAAAAGCGGGAAGGUGAAGGCUGCCUACAAGCGCGAGUACGUCAACUUGGGCUGCGACGUUGACUUUGACUUUGCUGGACCUACCAUCCAUGGAAACGGCGUCGUCGGCUACGAGGGUUGGCUCGCCGGUUACCAGAUGAGCUUCGACACGGCCAAAUCCAAAAUGAUCCGAAACAACUUUGCCAUUGGCUACAAGACUGGAGACUUUCAGUUACACACAAACGUCAAUGAUGGAUCUGAGUUUGGGGGCUCGAUUUACCAGAAGGUGAGCGACAAGCUGGAAACGGCGGUGAGCCUGGCGUGGACCGCUGGCAGCAACAGCACUCGCUUCGGCAUCGGAGCCAAAUACCAGCUGGACAAAGACGCUUCCAUCAGUGCUAAAGUGAACAACAAUAGCCUUGUUGGUGUUGGUUACACUCAAACUCUCAGACCAGGUGUCAAACUCACCCUGGCCGGCCUGGUUGACGGGAAGAGCAUCAACGCCGGAGGCCACAAACUGGGUCUGGGCUUGGAACUGGAAGCCUAAGGGUUUCUCAUACUGCAAGGGACAAGGGAAGAUCACACGAAUCUGGCCUUAAAUGUAUGUCCAACUCAAUCCGGCGAGGAGAGAUUGUUUCAAAGGCUACAGCCGCACUUCAGCCUAGUGAUUUGGCUCAUCAGUGCAUUCAACUUUUGCUGACUUUUUUUUACUUUAUAGUUUUAAAAGUCAGUUUUUGGUUUAUUAUUUAUGAACGACUUGUUUCCAAUGAAACACUGCCGUAGUAAUGAAACCGUGUGUGUCACCAACAAGGUGCGGCUUAGUUGGGAUAAUUCCAGGCACUCCAUUGUCGUUGUUUUUAACUUCUCCAACAUGUGACGGCAUUAGUUUGUGGACUUUUGUUGUCCAGAGUUGUCAAACUUUCUCAGAUUUUUACACCAUAAUGUCUAAUAUCAUCUGACAGCAGUCAAUUCUAAAGCUUCUGAACCACACUAGACGUUUUCUUCUGGCUUCUAUUUAAGUAUCCUCCCCGUUUGUGUCGCACUGACAACACUGAAGUGUCGACUGUUGGGAUUUUGGUUUUAGAAACUUUGGGAGAAGUUGACUGAACAAGGCUUACUGUUUUCUUUUAAUUGGUGACAGCAAAUAGUUGGGGGUGGGGACUCGCAUAGUUCUGAUGAUGAUGAUGAUGAUGAUGAUGAUGCCAAACUCUUCUCUAUAGAGGGUGUAACUUAAAGCUGCAUACGUACACUCUCAAGCUGCUUCCCUGUUCUGGGUGGAGACGGUCCACUGGAGGUCUUGGAGGUCCUUAUAAGUAUGUAAACCUUUUCAAUAAAGUCUUUGAACUCCACAAA